AUGGAACCCGCCGACGCCACAGCCCUCGAACGCCCGCUCCGCCUCGUCACGUGUCUGGCCGCAGCCAUCUGUAUUCCCUUGAACAUCGCCGCAACAGUUCUAUCACUUGAGUUCCAGAGCCGUAGAUGGGACCCCAGGGUUGCCACGGCAUACUGCUUCAUCUUCAUUCCAUUGGCAGUCACAUUUGCCUCUGCUACACUCAGCCUGCAUUACAUGAAGAAGCAUGGCAAGACUUCUCGUGCGUGGCACUUUGUAGUCCUCGACCUAGUCGCGGCUACCGGCUACUUCGGGACUAUGAUCACCUGCUGGGCCCUUGAGAUCCGCGAGUAUAACGAUGGAUGGUUUGGGCUGCUCACUGGAUAUCUCACAGCCCCUAUGAUUCUGAACAUGUUCAUCCACAUGUACUUCGUGCUGAAGCUUGUGCCCUGGAAGAAGACCUUUUCUCUUUUCAUCAGCUCGAAGCCCUCCUGUCAGCAGUGCCCCAACUGCCGGGCCACCUUCAUUUCUGAUGACGCCCCACCUAUGACAAAGAAGGGCUACAGCCUCUUACGCGGUGAGGAGUACCUUGAUAUUGAGGCAGACCCUAUCCAGUAUCGCGACUCCGAAGACUUCCUUGGCGAGGGCGCCGAGCGUGCUGAGCAGCCUGAACAAGGCACAGCAGCUAAAGAUAAUAGUAAGAUCAAGGACACAGUCUAA